GCUUGGGAUUCUCCUCCCUCUCCGCCCCUCUCACUCACUCGCUCUCAGAAUAAAUAAAGAAAAAAGAAACGGUACUGUGCAUGUUUGAGAUUAUGUAAAAAAAAUUAUAAAAGCUACCAUUUGUUGAGCUCUGUAUCACCUACAACAUCAACUGGGUUGUAUGUAUUAGCUGGAGUCUAUGGAUAAGGCAUUCCAGGCUCUGAGAUACUUACUUUUAUUACUCACAAGGAAGUGUUGGAACCAAAAAUGCAACACAAGACAUGUCUGGUUCCAAAGCCUAUGCUAUUAGUAGCAUAUGUAAAAUAAUAAUAAUAAUAAAAUAAUAAUAAUAAUAAACUGGUGUUUGUGACCAUCACCUAAGACUUAUGUCUGGUUUACAUUAAAUUAUUGUUAGCCAGGUAAAAAUUGGUUGAACUGAAUCAGUAUGAUCAUUUUACCUUUUGAAUUUGUCUUUGGGAUGGGAGAGGGUUUUUGGUUAAAAAAAAGUUGAGGAAUAAUGGACCUACAAUAAAUCGCGCAUUUAACGUGUACAAUAGGUAAGUUUUGACAAAUGUGUACAUACGUGAGAUCAUCACCCGUGAUGGGAAAACGUAAGGGCUGCAAAUAAAGAUUUCAGUUUCCCUUCUAGAAGAACACGUGUCUGGAACGAUUCAGUCUAAGGAAAUCCAAGAGUAUCGUGUGAAUGGUGAUGUGGGACCUGAGAUGUAAAGGGAGACUCUGGGCUCACUACUGGGCAGGCAGGGUCACCUGGCCAGGAUCACUGUUUGUGUCAGCGUGUCGGAGAUACCCCGGUCACGAUCGGGAAACUGGUCUAGCUGGCGCCCCAACAGCCGUCCGGAUUUUCCGCAAUGUCCAAAUCCCUCUUGGGAACCCACGGGGGAGGAGCCAAGCUCCUAAAACCGCACUCCCAUCAGAGGGAGGAAGUGCGUCAGCGCCAGACUCCAGAAGGCCCCGCCCCUCGAGGCCUUCCGGGGGCAACUUGGCUCCCGGCAUGCAGCGCGCCCGUCCGGGGCUCCUGGGAGUGCGUGGAGGGCACCGGCAGGAAGGCGGAAGUGUGGAGGCUUCCGGUCAGCGUGGUCUGCGUGCCAUCUGCGAGUUUCUGACUUUCCUGAUGACAUGAAGAUGGAGACUGAUAUUAAGAGAAACAAAAAGAGUCUUCUAGACCAGCAUGGACAAUACCCCAUAUGGAUGAACCAGAGACAAAGGAAAAGGCUGAAGGCAAAGCGAGAAAAAGGGAAGGGGAAAAGCAA